AUGAGCUGCUUUAAGACGGUGUUCAGUAAAGCGAAAGCCAGGGUCCAAUCUUGGCACAAAACAGACUUUGUUGCGAAAAAUGUUCGCGAACCAAUCUUCGGAAACAUUAUCACAAUAACUGUAGCGGAAUCGGCCGCCUAUAGAAUCGUCAUGCAGGAUGUGAGGAUUGGUACACUACCGCCGUACACUCCGUAUUUACUAAUAUCAAUAGUGGCGAUGUUUGAAGCCGUCCUCGGCCCGUUGGUAGCGUGGUUGGGAUAUAAGACGAGAAAAAGGAUGAUGUUGGGCUGGUCCCUCGGAUUUAUGUUGAUAUCGUUCGCCUGGUUCGUCAUUCCUCCGCCGGAUAGUCACGAAGAAACAGAAUUCUGCGAUAGCGUCAAGCCAAACGCGGUAAUUAUUUUUACGGCGUUAUCGCUGAGAACAGCCGUGAGGGUAGUGAUAACUGUUGGGGUGGCGAUCUGUUUAUGCCUGGCGAGGGUCGCAUCCUGGAGUCAUUGCAUAGCUUACAUAGACGACCACGAACCGGAUAGAACCUCUAUUCACUUUGGUGCUCUGGUGUUUUCCCGAGUCGUCCCGCUGAUGUUCGGUUAUAAGAUGCUGACGGGAAUCGUGGAGAACACUAUUAUGCUGCAGGUUCUGAUAAUAGCGCUGUCCACCGCAUGGCACUCUUAUAAAAUUUACUUUAACGUACCGAAUCCUACUCGACAACUUACAGUUGCCAAAGCGCUGCCUCCCAUGGAAGAUAGAGGUUUCUUCAGAAGCCUGUUCCGGGUGCUCUGCAACAUCCUGGCGAUGUCUCAGAUGCUAGCGAUGGGGAUCCUAGUGACCGCUCUAUGGGGCUUCGCCUACAACGAAGAGGACAUUAUAAAGACGAAUUAUAACAUCCAGCCGAUAGGUCAAAUAGUCGAAGGUAACACCGAGCUAUUGCAGUAUGCUCUGGCGCUGAUAUCGGUCGUGUAUGUGGGAUACAAACACUCCGCCCCCAUUCGAUCAGAAUAUGAAAUAGGACGAGGAUUGCGACACGUCUUCAAAAUGACAUUCCUCGCCAUAUUGCUGUACGUAGCGAUAGUGGUGUUGCCCCCGUGCAAAAAGGGGCACGUGGCGGGCUUAGAGGACGGCCUGUAUGCGCAUCCGCAGUGCAGUCUGCAAUGUGGUUGUGUCCCGAAAUGGAAGGAGUAUUCUCCCGUUUGUGUAGUAGACACGAUGACCACAUAUCUUUCUCCAUGUGAAGCUGGCUGCACGUCAUCUUUUACGAUGGAGAAUUUAAAGAUUUACGCAAACUGCAGCUGCGCCGGCCCCUCGGGUCGCGUCGCUCCCGGCGCAUGCAGUUAUCCAAAUUGCACCAGCGGCUUCAAUUUGCACCGGGCUCUCUUUACGUUGAUCCUGACCUUUUCCAUGCUCGCCUUCCAAACGCAAGGCAUGGUCAUUUUGAAGUCCGUGGAUCCCCGGGACAAGUCUAUAGCGAUGGGUAUGAUGUGGUCUGUGGUCGCAGCGACCGCUUACGUAUGUGGAAACAACAUUUUUCUCUCGAUUGCGCUAAAGACAUGUAGCUGGUAUACGGGAGAGAAGUGCCAAUUGUAUCAACAGCGGUUUUCGUACAUAAUCGGAUUCACGUGCGCAUCCCUAGCUUUCGUAUCUCUCGGUGUGAACUUAGUGGCGCGCGCCUACCUCCGGACCAAGAGAAGAAACGCCGAUCGGCCGGAGAGGCGCGAGGAAGUCGAGACCGAUUAG